AUGGGAAGAGGGAAAGUAGAAUUGAAGAUGAUAGAGAACAAGAUCAAUAGGCAGGUGACGUUUGCAAAGAGAAGGAAGGGUCUUUUGAAGAAAGCACACGAGCUUUCCGUUCUUUGUGAUGCAGAGGUUGCUCUCAUCAUCUUUUCUAAUAGAGGAAAACCGUACGAGUUUUGCAGUAGUUCGAGCAUGAUUCGGACACUUGAGAGGUACCAAAAGUGCAAAUAUGGACCUCAAGAGCCCAAUGUGCCUUCAAGAGAUGAGGCCUUAGCAGUUGAACUUAGUAGCCUACAGGAGUAUCUCAAGCUUAAGGAGCGUUACGACGCCUUGCUGAGAACCCAAAGGAAUCUAUUGGGAGAAGAUCUUGGACCUCUGAGUACAAAGGAGCUUGAGUCACUUGAGAGACGGCUUGAUUCUUCUUUGAAGAAGAUCAGAGCUCUCCGGGUACUCACUAUGCUCGACCAGAUCAAUGAUCUCCAGAGUAAGGUACCAGGGGCAGCAAGAUCAUGGAAUGAAAGCAGGACCAAGUGUGAAUAAUUUACAUGUGGGAUUUGUUACCAUAUGACGCCAACUUUAUUUGAUAUUUCUACAAGUUUUUUUAACUUUUUAUAUUAAAACUUUCUCUUCCCCUCUUAGACUACAUGAUAUGAGUACCUCUCUCUCUCUUUCUAAAUCUAUGCCUUGAGUGCAUUCGUUUGUGUGUAUUGUUUAUUAUGCCC